AUGGCUACGUCAAAACGUCUAUUAUUUAUAACUGAUACAUUCUUUCGAGGAUUAUAUGAAAUUGAUUGGCAAGUUAAAUAUAAAGAUUUAAAAGAAGGACCGGUUCUAAAACCAAAUUUAAAUCAAAUACAAAUUCUUACAAAUGAAGCAAAAGCCACUGGAACAUUUAAAUCAAUAUGUUCUUAUGAUAAAAUGGUCAAAUAUCGAAAUAUAUCUGAAGCUCGAGUAAAAUAA